CCCGGCUUUAUGACUUUUCAGCUAAGAAUGUAGUUUAAAAAAAGGUGCAGCACUGAUCCAUCACUCUGGCUCUCACAGAGUCAGGUGCAUGGUCAUUAGAUACUUACAGAUACCUGCAGUUUAUCAUGUUAUACUAUGUAAACCCAUGUAAAACUCAGAAAAUUGUGUUGGUCUUUUAUAAAUGGUCACAUGUUAAAUUUAUGUAAAAUGAUCUGGCUGUCUCAAAAGUAAAUAGUUUUUUUUCUCUACUUUUUGGCGUUUACAGAUUUCUUUCAGUCAACUUUAUAUCCUAUAUAUAUAUUUAUAAUCUAUAUUUUUUUUUAUUUUAGAAAAUCUACUCAAAAGUACUUUUUCUCUUUUCAAAGAGGUACAUUAUUUUAUUUCAGAGUAAGGCGUGAGCAUUAUACUGUGUUUUAUUAUUAUUUAUUACUGUGGUUUCAGCACAUUGUCUCUUCUGAGAAUGUUCAUAAUGCAUAACCAGUUCCAUUAAAGGUGUAAAUAAAUCAUCUCCUCCCAGAACAACCGUUUUCAUUCGGGUAAGAGAGACUACGCCUUGUGCAGGUGGGUGUAUGAGUCAUAUGAGUCAUAAGGGAGUAAAUGCAUGCAUAGUUGUACCUUUUUUUCUUUUUUUUUUUACAAUUCCUUUUGAUUUUUUCCCAUCAAUCUGGAUUCAGGGAGUGGUUUGUUUUUGUUAUGUAACCCUAACUCUAGUGCAGGACAGGCAGCUAUGCUGAAGGAAUAUGAGGUUUGAGGUAUGUGUUUGAGGUUAAACCAGUUCGUCCAGUCUUUAUGUGUAUUACCUGCUGCAAUGGGAAUUCCAUAAACAGUAAGAGGAGAACAGAGGUAAACACAUUUUCAUUCGGCUGUGCAUGGAAACUGUUGUCCUCAGCAUGGCACAUUAUCAGUGCUAUGUAACAAGGAUCUAAAAUCUUAAUACAGUCUCAUUGGAUACAAGGUUUGAGUUUGAGGCGUUCCUUUGCUGUAAAUACAAUAUAUACUAUUAAAAUGGCUGGUCAUCGAAGAAGCCUCUCUGACAGCCUGCUUCUUGAUGAUAAUGUCUCUGGAGGGAUGUCUGAGUUCACAGACCUGGACUUUCAUGAAGAAGAUGGAAUUGUGGAUGCCAACAUUCACUUCAAUCAGAAAAAAAGGAAAGAAGGUCUUGACGUUUUGAAGUUUAAUGAUAAGGUGCAGGUGUUGACAAAGUAUGAUUUGAAAUCCAGCAAGAGCAUGGACAGUCUGGAUCAGAAUGUCAGAGCUCCAGAUGAGAUGUGGAAAGAUUCUUAUGACAAGCUCUACAAUAACAAAGUCAAGAAAUACAUGAAAGGAAAUAAAUCUUUUCAAGAAAACAGAGAUUCAUUGACAGGCCAGAGGGAAAGACCUACUUCUGACAUCAGUAAAUCCCAUUUAAUGGAUUUCCCUACUGCUGACUGUAAAAGCAAGGUAAAUGUUGCAGCUUGCCUCCAGAAUGCAGAUCGUAUGCGACCCACUCCAUAUGCAACAGAACCUGCUUAUAAAUUUGGGGCUUUUAUGGCACAUGAUGAUACCAGGGAUUCUACAAGUGAAUACAACUCAGACUUAUUACAAGGACCUGAUCUGAUGAGAGCAGAAAAGAUCAAAGCUGACAUUGCAAGUGAUGUUGAUAAUGAAAUUAACAUACAUGGUAGGAAACUUAAAAAUAGAAAAAUAGAUCUCGGUAUCAGUACACCAGAUUCAAAUCUUACACUGCCAAAUACCAAAGGAGCUCCUGUGAUAAAUCUCACAAAAGGCAACUUCAAAAGCCCAAAAGCAGAGCUUAAUGACCAUGAUAUUGAUAUGGAAGUUCCAUCAAGUCUGCUCAAAGGGGCAAAAUUAAAACUGCCCAAGUUUAACCUCCCUGGAUUCAACAAGACAGACAUUGAUUAUGAUGGAAAAAUAGAGGGAUCAAAAUUGGCAUUGUCAUCCUCUGAAUUAGGUGCAGGGCUUAAUGGUUCUAAUAGUCAGAUUGAUGGACCACAAGCUGAUUUUAAAGGUCAGAAAGCAGACUUUACACUUCCAGAUAUGGACAUGCCAUCUGGAAAACUGAAAAUGCCCACUUUCAACAUGCCUGAUUUUGGUCCCUCAGGACCCAAAAUAAAGACACCUGACUAUGAACUGAAGACUCCUGAAAUGGAUCUGUCUGCUCCAAAGAUUAACACAGACUUCGAUUCCCCAGACUUCAACAUCAAAGGUCAUAAGGCAGAUAUCACAGCUCCAGACAUAAAUGUUGAUAUGCCUAAAGGUAAACUUAAGGGACCAAAUUUGAAGAAACCCAAGCUUGACAUAGAUGCAUCUGACCUUGAUAUUAAUGCCCCAUCAGGUAAAUUAAAGCUGCCAAAAUUUGGCCUCUCGGGUAGCAAGCCAAAAGGACCCGAUCUUCAGAUAAAUUCUCCAGAUCUGAAUCUCAAAAGCCCCAAAAUUAAGGGAGGACUUGAUACCCCAGACAUGGAUUUGACUCUCCCUCAAUCUGAUUUCAAAGGCCCGGACCUAGAUAUCAAUUCACCUGAUUUUGAUGUUAAUGGUCCUUCUAGUAAAUUCAAUAUGCCAAAGUUAAAGAUGCCACGUUUUGGCCUGUCAGGCUUAGAACGGCCACAUAUGAAUGUGGAUACUGACAUUGAUCAAGCAGACCUUAAUCUGAGCACAUCAACUCCCAAAAUAAAUACUGGGAUACAUGGUCCUGAUAUUGGCAUUCAUGGACCUAACAUUGAUAUCAAAGGUUCAAAAACAGACCUUAAACUUCCAGAAAUGGACAUGCCUUCUGGAAGACUGAAAACACCUACUUUCAAGAUGCCUGAUUUUGGUCUGCCAAGUCCCAAAUUAAAGACACCUGACUAUGAACUAAAGACCCCUGAAAUGGAUCUGUCAGCUCCAAAGAUUAAGGGAGAAUUUGAUUCCCCAGACUUCAACAUCAAAGGUCAUAAGCCAGAUAUCACAGCUCCAGACAUGAAUGUUGAUAUGCCUAAAGGUAAUCUUAAGGGACUAAAUUUGAAGAAACCUAAUCUUGACAUGAAUGCACCUGAUUUUGACUUGAAUGCCCCUUCAGGUAAACUAAAACUGCCAAAAUUUGGCAUCUCUGGUAGCAAGCCAAAAGGACCCAAUCUUAAUAUCAAUUCUCCAAAUCUGAAUCUCAAAAGCCCCAAAAUUAAGGGUGGACUCGAUACCCCAAACAUGGAUUUGACUCUCCCUCAGUCUGAUUUGAAAGGCCCAAACCUAGAUAUCAAAUCACCUGAUAUUGAUGUUAAUGGCCCCUCAGGUAAAUUUAAAAUGCCAAAGUUAAAGAUGCCAAGUUUUGGCAUGUCAGGUCCCAAAAUAAAGACACCUGACUAUGAACUGAAAACUCCUGAAAUGGAUCUGUCAGCUCCAAAGAUUAAGGCAGACUUUGAUUCCCCAGACUUCAACAUUAAAGGUCAUAAACCAGAUAUCACAGCUCCAGACAUGAAUGUUGAUAUACCUAAAGGUAAUCUUAAGGGACUGAAUUUGAAGAAACCCAAUCUUGACAUGAAUGCACCUGAUUUUGACAUAAAUGCCCCUUCAGGUAAACUGAAAAUGCCAAAAUUUGGCUUUUCAGGUAGCAAGCCAAAAGGACCUGAUCUUAAAGUCAAGUCUCCAGAUCUGAAUCUCAAAAGCCCCAAAAUUAAGGGAGGACUUGAUACCCCAGACAUGGAUUUGACUCUCCCUCAGUCUGAUUUGAAAGGCCCAAACCUAGAUAUCAAAUCACCUGAUAUUGAUGUUAAUGCCCCCUCAGGUAAAUUCAAAAUGCCAAAGUUUAAAAUGCCAAGUUUUGGCAUGUCAGGCUUGAAAGGGCCACAAAUGAAUGUGGAUGCCAACAUUGAUCAGCCAGAUAUUAAUCUGAGCACAUCAACUCCCAAACUAAAUGCAGGGAUAAAUGGCCCUGAUAUGGGCAUUAAUGAACCUAAUGUUGACCUCAAAGGUCCAAAAACAGACCUUAAACUUCCAGACAUGGACAUGCCUUCUGGAAAACUGAAAAUGCCCACUUUCAAGAUGCCUGAUUUGGGUCUGUCAGGACCCAAAUUAAAAACACCUGACUAUGAACUGAAUACCCCUGACAUUGAUCUGUCAGCUCCAAAGAUUAAGGGAGACUUUGAUUCCCCAGACUUCAACAUCAAAGGUCAUAAGCCAGAUAUCACAGCUCCAGACAUGAAUGUUGAUAUGCCUAAAGGUAAUCUUAAGGGACUAAAUUUGAAGAAACCUAAUCUUGACAUGAAUGCACCUGAUUUUGACUUGAAUGCCCCUUCAGGUAAACUAAAACUGCCAAAAUUUAGCAUCUCUGGUAGCAAGCCAAAAGGACCCAAUCUUAAUAUCAAUUCUCCAAAUCUGAAUCUCAAAAGCCCCAAAAUUAAGGGUGGACUCGAUACCCCAAACAUGGAUUUGACUCUCCCUCAGUCUGAUUUGAAAGGCCCAAACCUAGAUAUCAAAUCACCUGAUAUUGAUGUUAAUGGCCCUUCAGGUAAAUUUAAAAUGCCAAAGUUAAAGAUGCCAAGUUUUGGCAUGUCAGGUCCCAAAAUAAAGACACCUGACUAUGAACUGAAGACUCCUGAAAUGGAUCUGUCAGCUCCAAAUAUUAAGGCAGACUUUGAUUCCCCAGACUUCAACAUUAAAGGUCAUAAGCCAGAUAUCACAGCUCCAGACAUGAAUGUUGAUAUACCUAAAGGUAAUCUUAAUGGACUAAAUUUGAAGAAACCCAAUCUUGACAUGAAUGCACCUGAUUUUGACAUAAAUGCCCCUUCAGGUAAACUGAAACUGCCAAAAUUUGGCUUUUCAGUUAGCAAGCCAAAAGGACCUGAUCUUAAAGUCAAGUCUCCAGAUCUGAAUCUCAAAAGCCCCAAAAUUAAGGGAGGACUUGAUACCCCAGACAUGGAUUUGACUCUCCCUCAGUCUGAUUUGAAAGGCCCAAACCUAGAUAUCAAAUCACCUGAUAUUGAUGUUAAUGCCCCCUCAGGUAAAUUCAAAAUGCCAAAGUUUAAAAUGCCAAGUUUUGGCAUGUCAGGCUUGAAAGGGCCACAAAUGAAUGUGGAUGCCGACAUUGAUCAACCAGAUAUUAAUCUGAGCACAUCAGCUCCCAAACUAAAUGCAGGGAUAAAUGGCCCUGAUAUUGGCAUUAAUGGACCUAAUGUUGACCUCAAAGGUCCAAAAACAGACCUUAAACUUCCAGACAUGGACAUGCCUUCUGGAAAACUGAAAAUGCCCACUUUCAAGAUGCCUGAUUUGGGUCUGUCAGGACCCAAAGUAAAAACACCUGACUAUGAAUUGAAUACCCCUGACUUUGAUCUGUCAGCUCCAAAGAUUAAGGGAGACUUUGAUACCCCAGACUUCAACAUCAAAGGUCAUAAGCCAGAUAUCACAGCUCCAGACAUGAAUGUUGAUAUGCCUAAAGGUAAAUUUAAGGGACUAAAUUUGAAGAAACCUAAUCUUGACAUGAAUGCACCUGAUUUUGACAUGAAUGCCCCUUCAGGUAAACUAAAACUGCCAAAAUUUGCCAUCUCGGGUAGCAAGCCAAAAGGACCCAAUCUUAAUAUCAAUUCUCCAAAUCUGAAUCUCAAAAGCCCCAAAAUUAAGGGUGGACUCGAUACCCCAGACAUGGAUUUUACUCUCCCUCAGUCUGAUUUGAAAGGCCCAAACCUAGAUAUCAAAUCACCUAAUAUUGAUGUUAAUGGCCCUUCAGGUAAAUUUAAAAUGCCAAAGUUAAAGAUGCCAAGUUUUGGCAUGUCAGGUCCCAAAAUAAAGACACCUGACUAUGAACUGAAAACUCCUGAAAUGGAUUUGUCAGCUCCAAAGAUUAAGGCAGACUUUGAUUCCCCAGACUUCAACAUUAAAGGUCAUAAACCAGAUAUCACAGCUCCAGACAUGAAUGUUGAUAUACCUAAAGGUAAUCUUAAGGGACUAAAUUUGAAGGAACCCAAUCUCGACAUGAAUGAACCUGAUUUUGACAUAAAUGCCCCUUCAGGUAAACUGAAACUGCCUAAAUUUGGCUUUUCAGGUAGCAAGCCAAAAGGACCUGAUCUUAAAUUCAAGUCACCAGAUCUGAAUCUCAAAAGCCCCAAAAUUAAGGGAGGACUUGAUACCCCAGACAUGGAUUUGACUCUCCCUCAGUCUGAUUUGAAAGGCCCAAACUUAGAUAUCAAAUCACCUGAUAUUGAUGUUAAUGGCCCCUCAAGUAAAUUUAAAAUGCCAAAGUUAAAAAUGCCAAGUUUUGGCAUGUCAGGCUUGAAAGGGCCACAAAUGAAUGUGGAUGCCGACAUUGAUCAACCAGAUAUUAAUCUGAGCACAUCAACUCCCAAACUAAAUGCAGGGAUAAAUGGCCCUGAUAUUGGCAUUAAUGGACCUAAUGUUGACCUCAAAGGUCCCAAAACAGACCUUACAUUUCCAGACUUGGACAUGCCUUCUGGAAAACUGAAAAUGCCCAAUUUCAAGAUGCCUGAUUUGUGUCUGUCAGGACCCAAAUUAAAAACACCUGACUAUGAACUGAAGACUCCUGAAAUGGAUCUGUCAGCUCCAAAGAUUAAGGGAGAUUUUGAUUCCCCAGACUUUAACAUCAAAGGUCAUAAGCCAGAUAUCACAGCUCCAGACAUGAAUGUUGAUAUACCUAAAGGUAAUCUUAAGGGACUAAAUUUGAAGAAACCUAAUCUUGACAUGAAUGCACCUGAUUUUGACAUAAAUACCCCUUCAGGUAAAUUGAAACUGCCAAAAUUUGGCUUUUCUGGUAACAAGCCAAAAGGACCUGAUCUUAAAAUAAAUUCUCCAGAUCUGAACCUCAAAAGCCCCAAAAUGACAGGGGGACUUGAUAAUCCAAACAUGGAUUUUACUCUCCCUCAGUCUGAUUUGAAAGGCCCGAACCUAGAUAUCAUAUCACCUGAUAUUGAUGUUAAUGCCCCUUCAGGUAAAUUCAAAAUGCCAAAGUUACAAAUGCCAAGUUUUGGCAUGUCAGGCUUGAAAGGGCCACAAAUGAAUGUGGAUGCCGACGUUGAUCGGCCAGAUAUUAAUCUGAGCACAUCAAUUCCAAAAUUAAAUGCAGGGAUAAAUGGCCCUGAUAUGGGCAUUAAUGAACCUAAUGUUGAGCUCAAAGGUCCAAAAACAGACCUUAAACGUCCAGACAUGGACAUGCCUUCUGGAAAAUGGAAAAUGCCCACUUUAAAGAUGCCUGAUUUGGGUCUCUCAGGUCCCAAAAUAAAGACACCUGACUAUGAACUCAAGGCCCCUGAAAUGGAUUUGUUUAAGGCCAACUUUGAUUCCCCAGACUUCAAUAUCAUAGGACAUAAGCCAAAUAUUACAGCCCCAGACAUGAAUGUUGACAUGCCUAAAGGGAAACUUAAAGGACUAAAUAUAGAGAAGCCUAAUCUUUACAUGAACGCACAAGACUUUGACAUUGAUGCUCCUUCAGGUAAAAUGAAACUGCCAAAAUUGAGUCUUUCAGGAAGCAAGCUAGAAGGACAGGACUUUAAUGUAAAUUCUCCAAAGAUGAAUAACCCCAAAAUUAGAAGAGGAAUUGAUAGCCCUGAUUUUCAAGGCAUGGGGUCUGAUUAUGAUGUCUAUGCACAAAUGCACGCUAAAGAUCUUGCAGUUCAAAAGGGUAAAAUCAAAGGAGUCAAAACAUAUGAUAUGGAUGUACCCUCAAGAGACAUUAGAAUACCAGGUGGAUUUGAUAUUGAUGAAAACUGGAACACUAUGUCAGUGCCUAAACCCCAUGCUUCAAGAAGUAGAGAACAUUUUGCUGUGACACAUUCAAAUAUGGGAAUGAACACCAUGCAAGGAUCACCCCAUAUUGGAGGUAGAGCAGAUUAUUAUGGAAGAACUAAUAAGAUUCCUAAGAGUCAUUACACUACUGAUGACAUAUGCUAUACUUGGAAAGGAAUGCCUAGUAUAGAUGGAAGGGGAAAUAGGCAAAUUGAGAAUGGACAGACAUCCAGUGGCCGUAGACAAACAAUGAGAGGACUGCAGUCACAUGCAAUGGAUCUAGAGGUUCCAGAAAGCACAUUGAAAGGAAGGUUUAACCUUCCUAAACUAAUAUAAUGGUAUAGUUAAAAAGAAGGGAAAUAGGAGAUGAAAAUGAGCUUGUCAUUGGUAAUCAUGUUUACUGAGCUGAUAAUUUAUUAGUGGGUUGAUUUAUUUAGCAUGUUUGUAUAAAUCAACAUACGUAGACACUGUAAAUGGGUUUGCACAAACUAUCUCUACACUUCUUAUCUUAACAUGAACACUUAUGGACAAACAUCUACAUACAAGAAGUGUUACAUUAUAUAUGUGAAUGUACAUUUGCACUUAUAGACCAUAUGCCUCUAAAUCAAAUAUAUUCCAAGUACAAGGUGAUUUUAUAUCUAUUUAUUUAAUGUAUAGGAUAUUGAUACUAUUAUGUGGAGCAAUCCUGAUUCAAUAUUUUAAAGCUAAUACUCAACAUUGUAAAUUAUGUAAAAUGUAUUCUUUACAUGUUCUGAAUAUAAUGUGGAUGAGUUGUGUAAAAAGUGAUUAUUUAAUUUUGUGCCAUCUUGGAUUGUUACUGUUAUUGCACAAAUUAAUUAAUAGAUUCAAUGCUAUACAUUAGGGUACAAACGGACUAAAGUCUAAUGAAAUAAACAGGAAAUGGUUUUUAAAUAAUGUGGUUAUUUUAACAUAUGAAAUGUUAUACUACAAAUAUUUUGUUGUAUUAAAAGUAUUUACAAAUGGUGGCAAAUAUUGCUGUAUUACUAUU